UCACUACUGAUAUGGAGAAGCAAUUUUGUCCUACCUGCGGCAACGCCACCUUGAUUCGCACCUCCACUAGCACUGACGCUAAUGGAAAUGUGACAUAUUAUCUGAAGAAGAAUUUUCAAUAUAAUCUACGUGGGACAAAGUACUCGAUACCUGAACCAAAAGGUGGUCGUCAUGCCAAUAAUUUAAUUCUUCGCGAAGAUCAGAAAGAAUACCAAAGGGCAUUGAAACAUCAACGCAAGCAAAAAGAGGUGGACAUCUUUGAUCCAGAUUAUAUUCCUAAGCUAAUGAUUGGCUCAAUUCCCUCUGUAGCCGCUGGACCUCCGAUAAUAGGAUAUGGGCGUAGAAAUCCCAAUGAGGCUAGGAGAGGAAAAAAGAAGGGAAGGAAACAGAGAUGA